AUGUCUACCGACCACUUUGGGGACGGAGCCGAGUGCUGGACCUUUGGGAAGCUGGGCCCCACCCCAAACAGGGACACCCUACCUGAAGCCUCAAGAGCGGGCGGGGGCAAUCGAGGCCAAGGGACGUGUGUGGAAUGUGAAAAGGCGGGAAAACCCAGCGCGGUUUGGAAGGCAAGGCAGUUUGGGAAAGGGGGCGUGGCCGGCCACGUCAAAGGGACCCAGGGGAAUUCCCGGGCAGUUCGCUCUGUGGGCACUGCUGACGGCCCCUGGGCCCGGGGUCAGCAGUCUGCAGCGUCCGUGCGGCUCUCCCGCCAUGGCUUCGUCCGGCUCCUCCAGCACCUCACGCGGUACGUUUGCCCUCGGUCCCUGGGGUCGGAUCGCGUCUCAGGGGACCCGUGGAUCGCCUCGGCCACGGGUUCACGGCAAACGGGUCGGCCCACCACCGAGAAUGGCAGGGACCGAUCGGCUGGGGCCACGGUUCCCAGGAGUCAGUGUUGUGGUCUUCGGCGGGCGGGACUUCUUGCCGCCUCUGUGUCGGGGCUGGGUUUGGUUUCCUUUCUGCCUGCUGGCGUUUCUUGCAUUCCGGCCUGGGUGGGGGUCGGGGGUACCGCCCUUGCCUCUCAGCCUGGCUGUCGGGGUGUAGCCAAGCGACUUCCAGAUGCACACCCGUGCCCGGGCUCCCGGCUCUGCUCAGGCACAGGGGCAACUGCCCCUGGGCGGGGAGCACGCUUGGGCUCCUCCGCCGAGUCCUCCCCCAGGUGCUCUGGUCUGAGACGCUUCCCUUUCUUCUCUCCUUCCACAGGCCCCAUCGCCACAGGAUCUCGAAGGAGGAGGCUCGUUCUGAAGCCGAGCCAGAAGGACGCCCUGCAAGCGCUCUUUCAACAGAACCCCUACCCUGGGAUAGCGACCAGAGAACGACUGGCCCGAGAGCUCGGCAUUGACGAAAGCAGAGUCCAGGUCUGGUUUCAAAACCAACGAAGAAGACGGUCAAAGCAGAGCCGAUCGCCGUCUGAACACGUGCACCAAGAAGGGGAAGGGGGGCCAACGUCGCCUCCUCGACCUCAGUCUUCCUCUCAAGAAGCCUCGGCCAGAGAGGCCCGGAGAAAGAGGACAGUCAUCUCUCCUUCUCAGACAAGGAUCCUCGUGCAAGCCUUCACGAGGGAUCGCUUCCCGGGGAUUGCCGCCAGGGAGGAACUGGCUCGUCAGACGGGAAUCCCAGAACCUCGCAUCCAGAUAUGGUUUCAAAACCGAAGAGCUCGGCACCCCCAGCGGAGCCCAAGCGGGCCCGGCAACGGCCGGGCCCAGGGGCCCAGCGGCGCAUCAGCCACGACGACUCCUGCUCCAGAGGACCGAAGGGCCCCACCCGCUGUCCAGAGCACCUCUCCUCCCCUUCGCCCCUCUCAGCCACAGGAGAGCAUGCCACCCUUGGCUGCAGCUGCUCCUUUUGGGGCCCCCACUUUCUGGGUGCCCGGGACUGCCUCUGGGGUCUGUGUGGGCCAGCCGUUGAUGAUCUUCAUGGUCCAGCCCAGCCCGGUGGCUCUCCAGCCAAGUGGGAGGCCACCGCCUCCUCCCCGGGGAGCAGUUCCCUGGGCCGCGCGCUCCCCUGCCGUCACGGCCCCCGGGCAGCCCGGGCAAGGGGCCAUCCCGCCGCCUCCACAGCCGGAGACACACAUCCCGCGGUGGCCGGAGUCACCCUACGGUGAAGGCACGGCCCCUCCGCUAGAGCCACAGCCCCAGCCCCCCAGCCUUCCGAGCUCGACGAGCCUCCUAGAUGAGCUCUUGGCGGCCACGGGCGCCCCGGACACGCAGGCGCCCGCCCCGGGGGCCGCUGCCGACGAAGGGGUGGACCCUGCCCUCCCAGGGCCACCCAGCUUCCUAGACGAGCUCCUGGCGGCCACGGGCACCCCGGACACGCCGGGGCCUUCCACGCGGGCCUCUGUCGUCGCAGCGCAACAGCCGGCUCUCGCCGGCACGCCCAGCCUCUUAGAGGAAGUCUUGGCUGCCACGGGCAUCCGCGCCACGCCGGGGCCUUCCCUGGGGCCCUCUGCCGAUGAACGAGCACACCUCGCCCUCCCAGGCCCAUAG